AAGCUCGUCUUCAUAGGAAGUGUAAGUAAGUAUCCCUAUAUUCUGUAUACAUUUGGUAGACACCCCACUCCACACUUACUUUCAUAGUGGACAAAAAUUGUACAGAAAAUGUUGGGUAGUACCAUCAAAAAAGAUCCAAACGGGCCUUCAGGGCGAUUGCGAGGCGAGGCCUGGAAGAAGAUCCAAGAAACGGAGACAACGGAAGACCGCCUCUUGCCAAGAGUUACGGUACGUGAACAAUUCAAUUAUAGAUACAUAUGCAAAUAUGUUUUUUUUUGUAGUUCGAGCGAGUCCUAAUAAUUCAGGACCUGCCUGCGAAAAUCCAAAUGCAACUUUGUUCGCAUUGAUGCGCUCAGGGCAAGGUUAUGCUCAUGCAAUGUUUAUGAAAGCCCCUUUUUUCGCAAAAAUAUUACCAUCAUGCUAAAGAAAGAUGUCAGAGGCUUUUAGAAGGGACAACAUAUAUUUUGGCGCUUGCUUAAUAUACUCGUUCAGGGCAGAAGUAGCAUCCUUGACAACUAUAAGUGCGGAUUCCAGAACCUAACUCAAAAACACGAAAACAUGAUCCUCAGUGAACAAAUUCAUCGGUAUAAUCUGACCUGCUACUAGUAAUCUGAAUUACUUGCUCGUACUGCUUCAUCUACAUGUUGAUAAUACCUCAACUUCUACAGGAGAUGGCUACGAAGGAAAUCGAUUUGUACAGAGAAAUGCGACAGGAAAGUUUGCAGUUGGGCACUUUUUUGGCACAGCAGAUUCGAAGUGACAAGUACGUGGAGAAAAUGAACCGAAGCAUAUCGCAUCCAGCUCUACGACGAUCUAAAGACUUCGGCGAGCAUGUAUUUUUUUCUUCAACAAUAGUACUAUGUUGUAGGAUGGAGUGCACACGGGAACAAGUGCAAGUACAUUCGGGGCAGUACCCAAGUCGAAUUAUUAACGAAUUCACUUUUACAACUAGUGGAGGACAUCAUGUACUUGUACGACAGAUCACUGAGCGAAUGAACAAGUCUAAAGAUAAUAUUACAAUUAUGAAUCGAUUCCAACAUCAGCCGGUCAUUGCAGAUAGGCUGAAGAACGUCCAGAGCUGCGAAGCGGAGUUGGCUGCCCUGCAACUAGCCAAAGAUCGAAUGCAGGACCGGCAAUCUUUGUUUAUGUUGACCUUGGACUAGUUAUUAGUCACUUACUUACUACCUCUGGUCGUGACUAUGGCAUUCAUGCCAUGCCUGUGGCAUAGAUUUCCCUGGGAGGCAAUGAAGACACCAGCUCUGAUAAUUUAUCACUGCGUAUCAUGGCACGACUUCCACUUGUUGUCAUGCUUUCAUUUUCCAGGGGGUGUUUUUCUCCUAGCUACUCAUUACCCUACUAGUAUACUAGCCUACUAGUAUACUUACAUAGUUAGUAUCAGGAAUUUGAACAUGGCAUCAAAAUUGUCGUCAAUUUGUGAAGGCAGAGUAUGGUUCGUCGAUGUGGAGUAAGCACGCUAUUCUAAUUCGCUUUCGAAAGUCGCAAGGCUGAAAAGGUCGGGAAUGACACAACCACGAUCAGUAGCAGACUUCGAUGCGUGGCGUGAGGCGUAUUGCGGAGGGAGCAAGCGCAUCUUCACCGGCGGCGAUCAAAACAAGGCCUGGCGCGAAUUCGCCUGCGACCGUACGAAGGUGGUGCGAUGGACGAGUCGGGAUCCACUCAGUCUUCGUCAUGCAUAGUUCCGACGACACCGUAUUUCUUUUCAGAUCUCUCCAGAACGACGUCGAGCAUUUAUGUUAUUUAAUGAAGUCACACAGAAGGGCUAUUUCCAGAACGACGUCGAGCAUGUAGGUUCUAAUGAAACCAUUAUAUAGAAGGGCUUCCAGUCGUUAAAGGUCCUAUUUGAUACUUCUUCUGUUUAUGGGUUAAACAUGUCAGACACAGUUCACACCCGUCUACGGAUUGGGCAUGUCAUCGUCAUCAUCUCUACGGAGACCUACUGUGUGUGAACAGUCAUGCACGGCCUCCGCUGAGCAGCAUUAUGUAUGUCAUGGAUACUCGACAAACAAGGCAUAAUGGUCGGGAAUGAAAUGUAUGCUGCUUGGUUCAUCUUCUGUAAUUAUUGACACGAAUUACGUCAGCUAAGAAAGAGCAGGACGGGCGCAGCUCAAAU